CAGUUCUGUUUACGUUUUAUUAUACGUGUGUGAUAAAUAGUAAAGGUUGUAUUAUUAUUGCUGAGUGGAUUAAACGUCACGUAUACAUUUCAAAUCUCAAUUUUCGUGUUCCAUACCGUUUACAUCGAAUAGUGACAAAUUAUUUCAGUUUGUUUGGAACUAGUUCUCUUGAUUAUCUAAUUAAAUUCUGGGCACAUUGACCGUCUGUUCGGCUGUGGCUUUGCCCUCUUAUCAAAUCAUCACAAGAAAGUAAACCGAUUGUAAUAAGUACAUCAUUCAUUGCAUCUUUUACUGAGAAAUUUACGGAAUGAUGUUUGGUGCAAAUUUUUUAUCAAACGUCGCUCUCUGGAAGAUGUAACAGUCAACAUGAAAUGUUGCGACGAUCAAAGGAAUCUACUGGAAGAGUUGAUUUACCAUUCCCUUAAACUGUAGUGGGACAAGUGAUCUUUUUCUACUCGGCCGAAAGCAUCCAAAGGCAGGCAUAAUGGGUAUUACUCACAGCAAUUUGGUGGUGAAUGCAGACGAAUCCAUCAAGAAUGAUUUGAUGCUGAAAUUUAUCGGAGUUGAGCACAUCCCACUCACAGAUCCAUUUUGGGCUCAAUUUCUCUCCUGCUCGCUGAAGCCACCGAGCAACAGGUUGGAGGAGGAUGCAUUCAUGGAGCGAAUCAAACCGGUGUGUGUUGCGAUGACUUCAAGCAAUCUUAAGACUGCUAAUUUCACGACUAUGCUUCAGUAUCUCAUGGCUCUGUGUCAAGAAUUGAGAGAUAGUGUAGAUUCUAGUAAAACUGUCAGCAAUACAAUUCAAUGGCAAUGUUUCAAUGGACUUUUCAUCUCCCGGUGCUAUGCCAAGUAUCUUGUUUUAAAUGCCCCAGAGGGGGAGUUAGUGCGUCAGUUCAACAUCGAGGCAACACCACAAGACAAAUUAGAGGGUGAAAUGAGAAAGGAGGACACGAAACCUUUGCUAGAAAGAUUUGUGUCAAAAUUAGUGAACCUUGUCUAUCAGUUGCCUUUGACUGAGACAACUUACAAUAUUCAUUUUGAGACAACAAAUAAUCUUCUGACCUUACUGUCAACUCAGAUGUUCACAACCACACCUGCAAAUCAGCUUGAGGUUUACAGGAUAAUGAUGGAGAAUGAACAUGCCAAAGCCUUGACAUUCUCCUUGGUGGAUCGUAUUGUGCAUCAAACUUGUCCUCCCUCUAACUCUAACAGUAGCAUCCUGAUCGGUCUUGCAUCGGACCUUUGGAGUUUGCUCUGGAAAUCUAGUAAUUACAAUGAAAUAGAGGCCCACCUAACAACGCAUUCUGUCAUUAUUCUUCUCAUCCUGGUCAACCACUGUGCAGGCCCUAAUAACCCCUACCGUCAAGCUCUGAGUAGUUAUGACCGAGAUUUGGCGGCUGUAUACAAAUCAUUGUGUAGCACUAUACACCGGGAAGAAAACACUCUUCUUCUCUAUCAUCUGCUCCAUGUCAACCAGAAUUUCAAAACGUUCCUGCUAGCACAGACUGACAUUGAAAAUUUGGUUAUACCGCUUUUAAAAGUAGUCUACAAUAACAAUAAUGUGGAAAAAAAGUGUCACCAUAUCUACAUGUCCCUCAUCAUUCUACUGAUCCUGACUGAGGAUCCCCUAUUCAAUAAGACGGUCCAUAAUACGUUCAUCAAAAGUGUACCCUGGUACUCAGAAAGAGUCCUUCCUGAGAUUUCUUUAGGAGGCCUUAUUAUCCUUGUGACAACACGGACAGUGCAGUAUAAUCUUCUUCGCACUCGAGACAAAUACCUUCACACCAAUUGUUUAGCUGCUCUAGCCAACAUGUCUGCCCAGUUCACGAACCUCCAUCCAUAUGUAUGUCAAAGAAUCUUGGGUCUUUUCGAAAUUCUAGCCAAGACAUAUUCUCGAGGUAAUGGCGACUCCACUGCUCUGGAAGAAGCACUUCGUAUUGUUUUGGAAGUGAUAAACUCAUGUUUGGCACAUCAGCUUGUACAAAAUACAAAUUUAGUUUAUACUUUACUCUAUAAGAAGGAAAUUUUUGAGCCAUUUAGAGGUCAUGAGGCAUUUUCUGAUGUUGUGAAAAAUAUCGAUCUGGUAAUCAAUUAUUUCACAAAUAAAUUGAGCAGCGAAGAGAGUAUAGAUGUCGAUGAGGUUCUGGCCAAAGUUCAGUUCUGGGCAGUGCAGUGGCCGCGUGAGCUCAUCGAUAAGUUUCCAGAUUUGAAGUUCAAGUAUGUUGAAGAUGACAAACCUGAAGAAUUUUUCAUUCCUUAUGUCUGGUCCUUAGUAGAACAGGAGACUUUAAUGUCUUGGGAAGCAUCUGUAUAUAAGUUAACGUAACCAACAGGCUGAAGUGCAUUAUUGUGAAGGUUCAGACAAAAAAUUAUAAUCUUCAAUAGUUGUUUGCAGAGAAUAGUAUAUUUUUGUUGAAGGAGUUAGACCCACAAUGUCAGCGUAAUGUCAAAUCUUUUUCCUAGGUUCCAGAAUGUCUUAGCCUCUAACAUUUCCAGUUUUAAAUUCAGAGGUAACAGAGGUACUUGUUUGGAAAGCAAGACAGUCCAAUCGAAUUUUAAAGUUUAUUUUGAAUUAAAUGUAAUUACCAGAGUAUCAAGCAUUUGUAAGCAUUCAAAACCUACCGUUCCUGUAUCUUCUGAUUUUUAAUUUUCCCAUGGAAAUGAGUAAAUAAUUCAAUUCACAGCAAUUAAAAUUUAAUUUACAAGAGAAAUUCAGGUAGUAUUCCAUGUAGAUUUUGAUUGGAGUAUGGCCAAAAACUUCUUCGUAAAGAUCUAUGAAAACCGUAUUUGUCGUUUUUUCAAAUGGGUAUGGAAAGUUCUAAAACCUUUUUUUUUUUAAAAAAAAAAUGGACAAAGAGGGUCAAAUGUGCUAAAUUUGUAAAAUAACACUCCCUACUUAUUAGUGCUCCAUUUUUAUUCGUUUCUGUAAUUAUUUUGUUUGGAUUUUUUCUUAAUUUCUUCCAGCUACAUAUGUAUUUGUCUGUUUCGUAAGAAAAAAUCAAUACAAAACAAUUCUAGCAACAAAUAAGAAUUUUUUUACAAAGCCAGGAAUUAAAUUAUAGACCUUGGAGCCAGAGCGCAAUGCCUCAGGUCAUUCCUCUAUUGCUGCGCUAAAAUACAAGAAACGGCAUUUUGCCACUUCCGCCGGCGAUUCUCUUUGCCAAUUUUGGGGAAAAAAUUCAUUUUCACCGACCGGUCAUAUUCACUGAAACGAUCCAAUAGUCUUGUUUGAAAGAAUCUAUGACCAAGCUCUGAUCAAAAACUGAGGGGGGUACUGUGGGACCUCCCCUUGUUCAUCAAAUAGCAAUAUUGUGUUCCUAAAACUCUUUACAGCACAAUUCCUGGCGCCAUGGAAAGCUCUGAAACAGUGCUUAAUUUUCAACUUUCUUUUUUUUUUUUUUCAAAGCCUCAUCAGUGCAUAAUUUUUUGGUUGGUACUUAAAUAGUGCUUGAAUAUUUGCUUACAGCCAAUUUUAAUUUGUACCAUAUUGUACCUUUGAAAUCCCUCUGCCCUCCUCUGUUGGAGGGUUUUAUUUUUUUAUAUAUGUAAUGUAGUAGAAAUGCAUUUUUUUUUUAUGAGGUUUUUGAACAUCAUAUUGUUGACCAGGAAAAAUUGUAAUAUUUUACAAAACCAGUGGUUAUCUAGCCACUCUGAUUUCACCUUGUCCUACAAGAUGAUGGAAAGUAUAGUGUGUGUAGAAAUAUCUAGAAAUGCUGCAUUUUUCAUGCUAAUACUUUACAAACCAAAAUCACUCACUAAUGACAAAGGUUGAGAAGUGGGCCUAAUGCAUAUUUUUCUGUGAGGCAAAUCUCAAUAGAGGAGAGGAAUUAGAAUUGCUUUGAUCAAAGGCUAGAAAAAAGAAAACCCUUUCCGUUGGAUUUGCUGUUUUUAUCACUAGGGAAUCUUUUACCCUUUUUUUAUUUUUUUAGUGUAAAAACACACAUGUUCCUAUGUGGAAAGAAAAUUAUUAAGUAAAUUAUUGUCUAACAACGAUAGUAUUGUCCUAAUUUUAUAUGAUAUUGUUAAGUUUGUCAGUUUCUAAUUAUUUUAUAGUAUGUAGCUCUUAUUUCAUAUUUCGUGUAAGGUCAAAUAAUGAGUUGUCAAUUAUUUAAAAAUUGAGGCAAAGGAGAGAGAGGUACAAAGACUGUCCCAAAAAACUGAGAGUUGACCGGCUCUCAACAAACUAUUUAAGAUAUUUAAGAUAUUGAAGUACAGUUUACAGAAUCUUUUAGCUUAUUUUAUUAGCUUCUAACGAGCCCUUGUUGAGCUCAUUUGGUUAAAAAUCGCAUUUUUACGGUGAUUUUUUGGAGAUACGUAAGAAUAAAAUCCUCCAGAAUUUUCGAGUUGUUAUUCACUCUCCAACUCCACCCUGUAAGGACAAGUGAACACUGGAAAUCAAGUUUGCAACCUUUUGGAAGCAAGGUACGACUAAUCUACAACUGUCCUCAUGAAAUCUGAACAUUAUUCUCCAUUAGAAGCUCAGCAAAUUCAAAAGUGUCAAGAAGUUGACGGCCAAGCCAGAUGUUUCAAGCUCUAAGACACUGAUAAGCUGACUUUUGAAGCCUCGUCAAAGUCUUUGGAUCACCUGGAAAUUUUGCUCCCACUACUAAAUUAAUUUUAUCCACUCAGAAACUGUCAUCCCUCUCAACAUUUCAGAGGUACCUGUCUUCAUGGCUCAUGAGGUUGAGGGUGAAACAGUAAUACCUACUGCUGUUCGAAUUUUUUCAUGGAAAAAACAAUAUUUGGCGUCAAUGUGAAAGCCUAUCUCGGAGAGGCUGAGCUUUUGACUCCACAAACUUUGACUUUCUUUCAUGAGAACUGUUGUAGAUUCGUCGUAGCUUGAUUCUAGAAGGUUGCAAACUUUAUUUUCAGAGUUGAUUUGUCCUUACUGAUUGGAGGUGGAAAGUGAAAAAUGACUCGAAAAUUCCAGAGGGUUUUAAACGUCGGCAGAGAAUCUCUGCGAAAAUGCGAAUUUUUCACCAAAUGAGCUUCACAAAGGCUCGUGUGAAUGUUAAUUAAAUAAGCUACAAGAUUUUGCAAACGGUAUUUCUUUAUCAUUAAUAGUUUGCCUAAAGCGGGUCAACUCUUAGUUUUUUGGGACAGACUUUGUAGAUCUACUAACUUGUGUUGUAUGUACUAGAUUGACUAUGAUAAGAAAUCUAAAAAUUGGAAAAUCAUAAAACUCUUGAAGCUACCACCAUGCUAAUUUAAAUAUCUUUCUGCAGAAAAACAUGAAAUAUUUUGUCCACCCUAAUUUCAAUUGGCAUACACAUAAGUUUGUGUGUCCACUGUAUUCAACUCUAAAUAAAUGUGGUGGUAGUCUCAAUUUUUAAUGAUAGUUAGAAAUGAAAUCUUCUCCAUAAUUAUUCUUCUAUAGAAUUGUAUGAUUCAAUUUUUCUCUGGAAGAUGGCAGUCUUAAGACUCCAAGGAAACAGAUUGCUUUAAAAUGUUAGCAACGAAGGUGCUCUUAACCGCUUUUUUAACCGUAGAAUAGGGGUACCUUCAGGCGUCGACCCCUGACAUGUCCCCAAAUGACGAUUCUAUCCAGGGUCUAUUUCAGAUAACUUGUUCUUUCUUGCUGUAUGCGCAGAAUAGGCGAUUCCCUAUUCUGCGCCAACAGCCUAAAUGGGCUGAAACAGGCCCUACUUAUGUUGAAAGUGGAGGCAGAAAUAAUAAGACUGUUAAACUAGAACAGAAGGUAUUUUUCUGAGAAUGUUCUUGAGUUAGAGAUCUUAAUUUAUGAACGGAAAUAAUUAUUAUUUUACAGUUCAAUAUUCAUCUUUCAGGUGCCGGCACUAAUACAGCCCCAAUAUUAAAGAAGCUCUCAGGUUCCAGCAUUUGGUGCCGUAGUUAACAUGUUAAGUUCUUAUCGAGCGUUUCAACUAUUCAACGGAACAGCUAAAUAAAAAAAUAUUGUCUCUUAACCUGCUAAUCAGGAGAAGAAAACAAUCUCUAAUAAUUGUGACAGUUGAAAUAUUAUGAAGUGCAAGUAAAAUUAAUCCUUUUUCUUCCCAUGCAAUUCUAUACUUAUGUGUAAAAUGUUCCAGCGCAUAACAAAACUCUGAGCUUAUUUAAUGGGUAUUAUCUGUGAUAAUAAUUUGAUCAAGUUGUUCCUGGUCUUAUCCCAAAGCAACUUAAAAAGUAAUUUCGUACAGUUAUAAAGGUGAUUAUCUAUUGCAAUUUUUUAUUUUGAUUGUUUAUCCUUUCUUUCUAGUUAAAAUAACCUGGUGUUUAGUUCAAUUGUAAACUAAAUGUGAUCAUCCACACGAAAAGAGGCUUAAUUGAAGCAGUAUAAGUUUUUUUGUAGGAGUGAUUUUUGUCGGCAUCUAUUCAUCUAGCCACAUCAGUGACGAGGCGUGAAUCAACUAUCGAUAUUUUCCCAUUUGAAGCUGUGGUGAAGAAUAGUUUAUGAAGGUAUACCCUGAUCCCUAAUCGAUCCUUUUUCAUAGGUUCAAGUAGUAGAUCAAACGUUUCAUCUCAAAGCUUGCCACGCCACUGAACCACAGAUUAUAUAUUAAAUGAAGCAACUGAAAAAAUUGUGGCAAAAUGCAACAAUAAUGCUGUUGUAAUAAUUAUUUUUGUUGAAGUGGGUCAAAAAAUUCGAGACUUGAGCAUGGCAAGUUAAAAUUUUAAGUAGGUAACUUUUUUUAUCUACAGUUUUUGGACUGUAAACUUAAAUCGGCUCAGCUUCUAUUUGUUUUGACAUUUUAGAGUUUUUAGUGCGCCAAAAGUUCUGCUAACCACCCCACGAAGCAGCAGUAUUUAUCAUCAAUUUGGAGUUUUAAGUUUUACCUAUUCCUGUGGAUGGCCACGUACAAGUUGCAGUAAUUGUCAAAGCUUCGAGAGUAAGAAUAUGUUUAGUUCAAGGACAACAUACGUUUUUCUACUUGUUUUAUUUGAUUUCCUAUGUAUUUUUUCCCCCAUGUCAUAAGCUAGUCAGCCGGUAAAUAAAGAGCAGUAUUAAAUUCAA